ACACACAUUGGCACCAGUCAGGCCAAGACGGGACGCUAGCACAGUCUAUUACCCGUGCAGUUCGGCAACCAUGGACAGCUGUUUCGUCCUUGUUAGGACUCGUCAGCAUGGCAUAGCCGGUUUGCCUAAGUUAAACUUCAUCAGCAAAAAAAGUGCAGGGCGACUUAUAGUUACCAGCAUAGCUACGGUGAGCUUUUUUAAACUUUUACUAGCAACCAAAGCCCAAAGUUGUAGGUAUCGAACACAAUGGGUUGCUCAAGUUGAAUGGCGCACAUGACUUGUGCUCUCGUGGCUGAAUAAUAGUCUUGCUCUUCUGCCGCCAUCACGUCAGCCUCGGAGGUGGUUUGGUUUUUCAGUUUCGCAGCCCUCCUUGAAAAAUAUGACUGGAUCUGCUGUGGAGUAAGGAAUUCGUCUAUAUUAGGGACUUUAAGAACCGAGAACGCGGCGGGUCUAGGACGCGAGCGGAAGUGUUUUUUUCACAUUUUGCCCAACAGCGCAUGCGCAUGAAGUUCUCUCUUCUUGGCGGGAACGCGACGAAUCGAUUUUUGAAGUGCUGUAGAAAACCAGGUGUUCAACCAUGGCAUCAAAUGUGCGAGAUGCAAAGGACAAACCUUUAAACAAUGUGAUCAUGUACUGGUCGACCUCCCACAACAUAAUGUACUGUUUACCAACCCCUUCCAGUUCAAAAAAUCUUCAACUGGGAGAACGGAAGCGUGGAAAAGCCUUGCUGACACUCUAAAUAAGUGUAACACUCCAAUGUUUAAUGUGGACUCAAGAGCAGUAAGGGACCACUUGGGAAACUUGAUUAAGAAGUACAAAAAGCAGAUGAGGGCCGAGGAGAGGGCAUCAGGUAUCGCCCCAGAUGAGCCCAGUGAGCUGGACCAAUUGAUCAAACAGAUUAUUGAACUGGAAGAAACUACAGUACCAGAGGAUAGUCAGCGUCAGGCGAAAGAAAAGGCUAAUAAAGCCAAAGCUGAGGAUGUCAGACUGACAGCUAUGGAAAGGCUGUCACAGACAAAGAAGAGAGAUUUCAAAGAGGGUGAUGUUGAUGUAGAACCCAAGCGACAAAAAAGGAAGGGAGGAGAUGCAAUUGAGUUUUUGAAAGAGAGAGCUGACAAAAACAGUGAACUUAGAGAAAAGGAGCUCAACAUGAAAAAGGAAAUGCAACAACAACAACUACAAUUGCAGCAAAAGAAUACAGAAAUGAUGCAAGCUAUGGUACAGCAACAGCAACAACAACAGCAGCAGCAACAAAUGCUCAUGAUGCAACAGUUCAUAGGAGUGAUGGGGAAAAUGUUGAACAAAUAAGUAUUUGAUAUAUGACAUGAAGAAACUGUUUACUUUCCAGUUUUUAAAUUUUACAAGAGCAUAGUUACCUGUUUUACAAUAAAUGCACUGUAUUGUAUGAGAAGGGGAUAUUUAGACAUAUUUUUUGCAAAUUUAAUUUAUUCAUCUGAGUCAAAUAUCAAGAUACAAGAAGCUAUUUUGAGAAACCUUGGUAGCUUAAAUUUCCUUGAAUUAUAAAAAAAACUAUUUAGGCUAAAUUGAAAAAUUCAGGUUCUUAUGCGCGGGGAACUACUGUACAGUAUAGUGUCUAUUUGUGCUUGAUUUGCACAAAAAUGUUAUUUUUAUUUAAAACAAAAGUUAAAAUUUUUAUUAUCAUACAAGAUUAUAUAUCUUUAAAUACAUUUUGUAUAAAACAUAAUAUAUUUUACAGCAAAUGUUUCUAUUUUUCACUGUUAACAAAUACAUAUGCACCAUUAUAAAAGUGAUGUGCACAUUUUUGUUGUGUUGUUUUGUUGCCCCACCCAUCACUUGUUUAAAUAGUUUGUCACUGUACUACCUGCAUUAUACAAACUCAAUUUGAUUGUUUAUUUUCUUUAGUUGAAUUAGUUAACCAGUGUAGGAGGAUCAAGUCCAAAAUAUUCAGAGGUUGUGUUGGAGUAAAGGCAUGUUAAGCCAUUUCUCAGAAGGGCACAGACCAUGUACAUCUUUCCAACAUGACUGAGUCCAAUCUUGAGCUUUUCUUGAAGUCAAGAAAUUUGAAAUAGUUAUAAUAGUAUAAUAGUAAUAUAAUAGUAGUAUAUAGUAUAUAAUAGUAAUGUCAGCAAAAAGCCAUUCAACUGAAAUACGGACUGUACUCAUGGAUUCGUUGAAGUCUUGCAUUGGCCCAUUGAGUACACCCAUUCUAAAAGGCGCUUGCAGAUGGUUGCGUAAGGGGUAUGCUGGAUCCCCAUAGAUGCACAUUUCUUUGACCAGCUGGAGAAAAAGCAUGUUGUGCCAAGCUGUCGUACAAUCCUGAGACUGCCAACAUUCUUGCAUCACGCAUCCUUCCCGCGGCAAGCCCGAGUUCGUCAAACACAGAAUUCAUCCAAUUGAACUCAUCCUGUGAAACGUCCAGCAUUGCCACACCAUAAAACUCGUCAACGAAACAUUCACUAAAACACCCAUGAUGUUUAAAAUAUAAACCACAGCUUUUGUAGUGCCCUGACAAGACAAACUAUCCGUGCGGAGUCCAAACGGGAAUGAACUAUGGAAAUAUAAUUGAUCGUUUUAAAGUCCCAACAUUUAUAAUCCGCGGGAUCCACAGGAAUUUGACGGAAAGCACGGCUCAAAUCCUUUUUGGAAACGUGACAACUACGAUCAAGACGAUUAACAAAAUCAACAAGCCUGUCGACUGCCGGAAGUAUUGGUACUGAUCGCCCAGAUAUGAGUCCUUUGGAAUUCCAUCAUUAAUAGCGGAGCUCCCACGAGGCGCAUCGCGGAGCCCCAUACCUAAGAAAAAAGGGCAUAUAAAACAAAUAUGGUAACAAAUAUUGAUAACCCAUCGAUUCGAGUUUUUGUGAUGCGAUGUCCGUCCAUCCCUUAAAAUCAUCGCAUGACAACCAAACUGGUAGGUGUCAUUUGUGUGUGACAAGGGAGGCGCAAAUCUGUGGUCAAGUGAUUUGUGACGUCAUCAAUGACGUCACUAGAAGCAAAGAUAUGCUGACGUCAUCAAAAUAAAAAUAUUUAUAUUUCACAAAGGAAACAUCAUAUGACAACCAAACUCGGUAUGUGUCAUGUAGGUGUCAAGGGGGAUGCAACAAUAUAGUCACGUGUUGUGUGACGUAAUCGAUUACGUCAUUAAAAACAUUGUUUCACAACCAAACUUGGCAGGUGUCAUGUUUAUGUCAAUGGGGGUGCAAAAAUACGGCCACGUGAUUUGUGACGUCAUCGAGGCCGUAGCAAAACUAUUCCGAUUUCAUUAAGAACAAAAAUUCCCAUAUCUCAUGAACAAAACAUUUAAAGAGCCUGAGUCACGAAAAAUAAUAUUAGCCUAUAUUAAGAUCAACAUUCCUUGGGUACUUUGCCAAAAUCUGAUGUAAAUUUGUUUAAAACCCGCAAA